AUGUUUUCACAACAAGUGACAGCUGUUGUUGACGCGUUUGCGUUGGCGCUCGGGCGAUGCUUGUGGAGGAGGAGAAGAGUUUAUUCCGCACAAAAAUAUUUAGUUCUUGGGACGAUUCCUUUACUAGUACUCCUACUUCUGCGCCUACUAGUAGCUACAUUUCUGGACGAAAAUCAGAAUACGCUUGUGCUGCAACCGCAGGCGAUAACUCUCUCCGUCGAAGCCUCUUGUUCGAUGAGACAGAACCAUGCUCAAAGAAGCGGGAUCGGGCAAGACAAGGCCACAACACCGCCUCACCCUAUCGUCGGGAGAUCGCACACGCUUUGCUCGUCCUUGUCUUUGUUGUCUCCGGCUUCUGGAGUACGUAGACUGAUUCUUGCCAUUCGCAGUUUAUUUUGGGUUCAACAAUUGACACAGACACGACAGACUCAGACAGUAACAGCUACAACAUGUUGCUCAUCUUCAUGGAGAUAGGAGAAACGGCGAUCGCAUUGUUUGGCCUGCUUUUACUUCUCCUUUAUUGAGCAUGCCUUUCCGCCAUGCUGCUAUUGCCCAUGCCUUUUUUUUCGCACGAUCCAAGCCCCUUGGGAGCAGCACCGCGCCUACGAGACGACGGUCUGCCUGAACAACUCCCGAAAGCGACAAUUUUGUCCACUUCGUGCGACGAAGUCAUUACCAUUAUGGAAGUCUCUCUCUGACUACUGUCCCAAUCCAAUUAAUUAUAAAGGAAGCAGGUUAAUACUGUUACUAAUAAAUAGUCCUAUAUUAUUUUCCUUCUCAGUCUCAGUGUCACACGACAUGUAUUAAUCCCUGCUCCUUUGCAUUUGGAGGUUGAAUUUCUUAACCGUUAGCAGGUGUGCUAGAACUGGAGGUAGAAGCAGAAGAAGAAGAUUAGUAGGAAUCAUAACCAAACUGGACGUAUCGGUAUCCGUCGGCCCAUGUACUUUCCGGAGUUCGCAACCUAUCCCUUGUUCGUCAUUCUCUGCUAUCGGCGCAUAUACCUCUAUUUUCCGCAGUGUUUCCUAGCGUCGAUUGAUUAUUGUCAACGUUGCAAACCCUUGCCUCCAUGGGUUUUCUGGGCUGCUACACGUGCAUACGCGUCGGAUGUUUCGCACUUUACGCGUUUCGUGAUCAAGGAGAUGUGAACCUUCUUGGGAAUGCAAACGAGGGAGCGUCUGAAGUUGAUGAACAAGAAGAAAAUGGCAGUAAAAAUGUAGAAAGAGAAGACAAACUCGACUAAUAUCAUCGUAAAAAUGUUCUUAAUCUUCACGCCCCACCACUGCAAUCGAGCCAACCGCAAGCUCCUGCAACCAAGCUAUCUAUUUGUAAGUGUUCGAAAGGGACUAAGACAGCGGUUAUC